UUUAAUUAUAUUCUUGAUUAUUUAAUCCCCGCUUCCUUCUGCAUAUUCAUCUUCUUCCUCCAUCUAUCAAUCUCUCUAAUGGGUAUCCAAAAUCAAACUUGUUGGAUUUCACUUAUAAUCUUUUCCAAUCUUGCGUUUCUAUCUGCUUCCUCUUUUUCUUCUUCUUCUGUUGUUGCUGCUGAGCAAUUUCAUUUCAAUUUUCUAAGUUUUCAUAAGGAGAAUACGAGUUUCUUGAAGUUUGAAGGCAGUUCUUCCAUCAACAAUGGAGCUCUUCAAUUAACUCCUGAGUCCCUUAAUGAAGCUUUCCAUCAGACUCACAUCAACAAGUCCGGUAGGAUCUUUUAUCCUGAACCUUUCAGGAUCUGGUCAUCAUCAUCAUCUGAUGCAAUAUUAGCCUCCUUCAACACUAGUUUUGUCAUUAACAUUUACAGAAAAUUUGAGUGGAUAGCAGGUCAUGGCUUGUCUUUUCUUAUAGCUCCAAAUUCUAGCAUUCCAGCAGAAAGUUAUGGUCAGUGGCUUGGUCUCACAAAUGCCUCCACUGAUUCUAACCCUGAAAACCACAUUGUAGCAAUAGAAUUCGACACCCUGAAGCAAGAUGACAUUGAUGUUUUAGAUGGAGAUCACAUUGGGCUAAAUAUCAAUACCAUCAAAUCAGAAAAGGCCGUCUCGCUCGAUGAGUACAAUCUCACACUCUCUCCUCCACCCCCAGGUGCUAACUACAGCGUCUGGGUUGAUUACAAUGGCACCACCAAAGUGAUGCAGAUUUACAUGGCUAAAGAAGGAAAUUCCAAGCCACAAGAGCCUAUUUUAAGCCACAUCAUUGACCUGAAAAAGUACCUGAAACAAGAAUCUUAUUUUGGGUUUGCAGCUUCCACAGGGGAUCCACAGAUUGAAUUAAACUGCGUGCUGAAAUGGGAUUUUCAGAUAGAAAAUAUCCCAGAGGAAAGAGAUGAGAAAUCUUGGUGGAAGAUUGUUGUUGGGGCAGGUGUUCCAGCAGGAACCAUAACAAUGAUAACAGCAAUAUAUGGAUGUGUUCAUUGUAUGAGAAAGAGGAGAUCAUCAUCUUCAUCGGGAUCAAGAACAGGAUCUGCUGAAGCAGAAGAGCAAGCAGAGUUUGGAAAGUUGAAAUGGUUGCCAGGUAUGCCAAGGGAAUUCAAGUACAAGGAAUUAAAAAAGGCUGCAAACAACUUCCAGGAAAGUAUGAAGCUAGGGGAAGGAGGAUUUGGCAUAGUUUAUAAAGGUGUCCUCCAUGAAAAAAGCAGAGAAGAAAUUGCUGUGAAGAAAUUUUCCAGAGAUAAUAUAAAAGGAAAAGAUGAUUUUCUUGCUGAGCUCACCAUCAUUCAUCGUCUUCGCCACAAGAAUCUUGUUCGUUUAGUUGGAUGGUGCUAUGAGAAGGGGAAGCUUCUUCUAGUUUAUGAUUUCAUGCCAAACGGCAGCCUGGAGAAGCAUCUAUAUGAGGCUUCCGAGCAGGAAACACUGAAUUGGAGUCGUCGACGCAAGAUACUGGAAGGAAUAGCAUCUGCAUUACAUUACCUGCACAAUGAGUAUGAUCAAAAGGUCAUUCACAGAGAUCUCAAAGCCAGCAACAUCCUGCUUGAUAAGGAUUUCAAUGCCCGGCUAGGUGAUUUCGGCCUUGCCAGAGCCCUGGAGAAUGAAAGAAACUCCUACGCUGAGCUAGGAUUAGGAGGUGUUCCAGGUACCAUGGGGUAUGUUGCUCCAGAAUGCUUCCAUACAGGAAGGGCUACCCCUGAAUCUGAUGUAUUUGGUUUUGGGGCAGUGGUCCUUGAGGUUGUGUGUGGCAAAGGUCCUGGAACCAAGAUCCAUCACAACCAACAUCUUUAUUCGUUGGUCGAUUGGGUUUGGAUGUUACACCGUGAAGGGCGUAUUCAAGAAGCUGUUGAUGAAAGACUAAAGAAUGAUUUUGUGGAGAGCGAAUUGAACAGGCUUUUACUUUUGGGAUUGGCAUGUUCACAUCCCAUAGACAGUGCAAGGCCUAAAACACAGGCCAUUCUUCAGAUUGUAUCUGGAGCUUUGCCACCACCUCAUGUACCUCCAUUUAAGCCUGUCUUCACAUGGCCUUCCAUGAGUAACACUGGCAACACCGACACAUCACUCUCUGGCAGCACACUUUCUUCUCAAAGUAGUGGCAGAACAAAAAGUCUAACAAUAUUGCAGAGGACAUCAUCUAAUCUCCCAGUAUAGGGCAUUAUGCAGCUGGAGACAUGGAGCCUCAUGACUGAUAAAAACAUAAGAGUUUCUGCAGAAGGAAGCCAGUUUUACAAUGGGGUUGCUUUUUAUAAAACCCAUUUGUUCUACAUUUCUGACGAUCUUAUGUGUAAUGGCACUCCACAUAUGAGAAUUUUCUGUAUAUCAGUCCAUCAGUCUUCUAAAUUAUCAGGUCCUUGGAAGCCUACUAGUGUAUACUUGUAAUGUAGGUACGUUGUAAUCAAAAUAUGAGAUUUCUAAUGAUUGUUUUCUUGUAGUUUAGUAGUCAGCAUUUCAAAUGCAGUCGAAAAGAAAAAGAUUAUGUUUCAGCCA